AAAAAGGACCAGCCAGCUGAUUCUAAUUGAAGAAUGGACUUUGGGAUGCAUCUGCCUCGUCCCCUUCUAUGCCCUCCCCCCCAGCUCCCCAGGGGACUGGGUCACCCUGGACCUUGCUACUUCCUGGUUCUGGAGGCCGGGGCUGAGAGGAUGGAGCUGUGGGUGCAGCUCAAGCAGGCUGGACUGGAGCCCCCAGGACUGGGCCCACCCCCUCCGGCCCUGAGGCGGGUCCCAGAGGAGAGCCCUGGGCAGACUCUCCUGUCCGCAGGGGCAGAUUUUGGAGGUGCCAGGGAGACCCUGCUGUGGAUCUGGCAGGAGCUGGGGAACCUGCGCCGAGUGGAUGUCCAGCUGCUAGGCCAGCUGUGCAGCUUGGGGCUGGAGAUGGGGGCCCUUCGGGAGGAACUGGUCACCUUCCUGGAAGAGGAGGAGGUGGAGAGUGUCGACUCUGAGGAAGAGCCCCAGGAGAAGCAAGAGGAGGAACAGCUGGGGCCGUCCCGGCCGGCCUCGUGCCUCCCGGACUUUGAGAUGACUAUCUGAGGGGCUGCUGGUGCCCUUUGAGAUGCAGAUUCAUGCAAAAGAGAAGCGAGAUUUGCAGGUCAAAUCAGAUUUGGAACCCACGUGCUCCUUAGCAAGUGCUUUCCCUGAGGCUGUCUGUGAGGAGACGCAGGCCUUGGCCCUGUGCUGUGGGCGCAGUUGUUUGCAAAUGACGGGGAAAGGCACAGAGGCGCCGGGUGUACCUGCCGAGGAGCCUCUGGUGUGGGGGAGCCCCGGAGAUCUUCGCAGAUGAAGGUAAAGAUCAGCGCUGUCCAUGGGGUGGCCGCCAGCCCCGCACGGCUGUGGAGCACUUGAAACAUCGGAGAGUCCAGAUGGAGAUGUGAUGUGACUGUAAAAUACACACCAAUUUCCAAGGCCAGAAUGGUAAAGGAGGACCAAAAAAAUCUCAAUACUUUAAAAAACUGAUUACAUGUUGAAACAUUUUUAGUCUUGGUAUCAAAUAUUACUGAAAUUAAA